AUGGUUUUCGCUGGCAGUGAAACAACAGCUUCAACGAUCGCUUUCACACUGCUAAUGCUAUCCAUCCAUCAAGAUGUGCAGGACCGAGUCUAUCGCGAAAUCUCCUCCGUCUUCGACGACCUCUGCGAUCACAAUUACCUAGACCAAUCGAGCCUGUCUCGUCUGACCUACAUGGAACGUGUUUUCAAGGAAACCAUGCGACUGUUUCCCAUUGCACCUUUAGUAGGUCGCAAAGUAGAUGCCGACAUCCGGCUGGAAACCAUAACGAUUCCUGCCGGGGCAAACAUCUGCAUACCGAUCUACAAACUGCACCGCGAUCGGGCGCUUUGGGGUCCCAAUGCGGAAACAUUCGAUUCGGACAAUUUCCUACCGGAGAAGGUUGCCCAAAGGCAUCCCUAUUGCCAUAUUCCGUUUAUAGCCGGCGUACGCAACUGCGUUGGGAUACGCUACAGUAGCCAUCUGAUGAAAGUGAUGUUGGUGCACUUACUGUACAAGUUUCGUUUCUCUACCAGCUUAAAGAUAGAUGAGCUUGAGCUGAGAAUGCGCAUGGUACUGAAGAUAGGCAAUGGACGUGUGCUGGCUGUUGAACGGAGGGUGGAUCGAUUAACGAAUGGAUGA